GAGCGGAGGCAGAGAAGCACAGAACUGUAUGAUCGCUGCUGCAGACUGGGAGCUUGGAUCGGACAACAGUAAUGGGCAGAACAGUGCCAUUCAUGUGCCAGUCAUAGAUCAUACGACUGGUAGAAGAUGUAGGGACAAGACAGGAAAGUGGAAGGAGCAAAGGCUCAUUUUUGUAUGAUCUGUCCUGUGCGCUAUCCUGGAUUACAAUAUCAAAGGUGACAUAUGAUGGUCAGUGGAAGUAUGAGCAGUGGCUACUGUAGUCUGGAGGAGGACAUUGAGGAUUACUUCUUUACAGCUAAGGAGAACCUGUCUAGGAGAAGUGUUAAGGUCCAACAUGAACCAGCCGAAGAGAAAAAGCUUGACAUACAGGAGUUAAAGCAGAAAAUAGAAAUCUUCAACAAAAUGGUUCAAAAUGGCCUUGUAAUGAAAAUGGCAGAGGAUGGAACGUACACUGGAUUCAUUAAAGUGCAUCUGCAGCUUAAGCGUCCUGUCAAUGUAUCGCACACCUCUCAGGCACCAUCCAUUUACACCAAAAAAGAAGUGUCAUCUGAUAAAGCAAAGGAAAAGAUGACCCCCUUCAACGUACCACUGGAUGCCAUGAAGCAGUUACAUAUUAGCAGUGUCACAACAGUCAGUGAGGUCAUCAGCGGUCUUCUACAAAAAUUUCAAGUGGUGGAUGACCCUCUAAAAUUUGCACUCUUCAAGAAGAUGCAGAGGGAUGGACAAGUUCUUUUUCAGAAACUAGCAGUGAUGGAACAUCCACUUUAUAUGCGCCUUUUAGCUGGUCCUGACUCUAAUGUACUGAGUUUUGUAUUAAAGGAGAAUGAAACAGGAGAGGUACAGUGGGAUGCCUUCUCGGUGCCAGAAUUGCAAAAUUUUGUGCUCAUUUUGGAGAAAGAGGAACGGGAGAAAGUACAACAAGUCCAAAAGAAAUAUGUUACAAUUCGCCAACAUCUGCAAGGAGCUCUUAAUGAUACCAAAAAGAACUAAAUAUGUGUAUCAUGAAAACAUUCUGGGAUCAUUCUAGGAAAUUCAGUACACUCUUACCUCCAAGGAAUAUCUUACAAUCUCAAAAUGACCUCUGUGU